GCGUGUGUAAUCGUUUGUUGACAGCAUUUAUAUUUGACCACAGCUGUAAGUUUGUCACUACAGUAAGAGCAGGAGGUCACUGUCGAUCACGAGUGUGAUUUUUUUUUGUUGCUGACAGAGUGAAAACAGUGCUGAUAAAGAGCAGCUGCGCUCAUGUUGUGACUGAAUGAACUGUCUACCUUUGAUGGACACCAACAGAAGAGAAAGAGGAAGGAGAAGAAAGCAUGGCGGAGAGAACAGAGAUGUGCGACUGUCUAAAUUGAUGUCCUAUGUUCUUCGCCAUGGAGCCAACCAGAUGGGUCUUAACAUGGGUACAGACGGCUUCCUGUUUGUGGAAGAUCUCCUCGCUCACCCACAGUUUCGCUCCUAUUCACUGGAGGAUGUGGAGAGGGUUGUGACCACCAAUGACAAGCAGCGCUUCAAACUCCGCCCCCACCCAGAGGAUGGCCGCUUGCAGAUUCGAGCCAAUCAGGGUCAUUCAGUGCAGGUAAUGGAUCUAGAGAUGAAGCCCAUUCUGGCUGGUUACCCAGACUGCCCCGCUGAGGCCGUCCAUGGUUCCUACCUUCGCAACUGGAGCUCCAUCCAGCAACAAGGCCUGAGCCGCAUGAAGAGGACACACAUCCACCUGGCAGCAGGCCUGCCAGGAGAAGACAGUGUGAUCAGUGGGAUGAGGAAAGACUGUGAUCUCGCUGUGUUUAUCGAUGUCCCCAAAGCUCUCGCCGAUGGUAUUGAGUUCUUCUGGUCAGAGAAUGAGGUUUUGCUGACCACAGGGGAUGCAGAGGGCAAACUUCACCCGAAAUACUUCAGCCGGGUGCUUAAACUUAAACCCACAAGGAGCAUCCUGCCUCUGCAGUAGAAAAUGCUGUUCUGUCAUUUGUCAAAGAAGGGCUCACCUGACCCUGCUGCUCACAUCCCAUUGGUUGGUCACUGCUUAUGCUAGUUGUCAUGGUAACAGUUGUUGUAAAUGGUCAAAUGCUUUGUUUCUGUGUUAUGAGUGAAUUAUGCGUGCAUUAUUCAUUUUAAUAUAAUUCAACGUACAGACGCUAGAAAUGUUUGACUUGUUU